CAGUAGCAGGGAGGAGAGCGCAUUCUGCAGUGAGCAAAAUCUGAGAGAAACAGUCUUGUACCACAAUGGGCUUCAGGCUGUCCCUUCUUAAAGUCUUGCUUUUCAUUCUGUUCAUGGCCAGCGGUUCGCGGAGUGAAGAAGCUUUAGAACCCAACUGCACUAGAGUUGAGGACUUGGGUGCCUGCCUGGGUAAUACAGACAACUUCUGUCCUGCCAAUAUUUCUUGUCAAUGUAAAGAUGAGAAACCUUUUUGCAGAUGUGAUUACUUCAGAGUGGGCUGGAAGGAGUAUUGGUACAUGGGUCCCAAAUGUAACCACCUUUGGAACACUUUAAGUUUCAUUUUAGUAUCUACUCUUCCUGCAGUAGCACUGGUUAUUAUCGUCAUUCUAAUAUUUUACUAUGUCUACCGUUGUAAAAGUAAAAAAGCUGGGAAACGGACAAAAUCUUCAUACAGUGGAGCACAACAUAACCCUGCAUUUGCUGCUGAAAGGGCUGGUAGCUUAGGGCACCUGUAUCAGCCGCCGACAAUGGAUGCCUGGGUUGGACAAAUUCCAAAAGCUGUUCUGAGAAGACAAGAUUUUGACGAUGUCCCAACCCCCAGUCAAUUAGAAAAUUACGGUCCCAUGCAUCCUCAGCCAUUAAGGAGACCAGAUCCAGCAAAAGAGCAUAUUUAUAAUCAACAGCCUCCGUAUGAGAAAUUCUGCUAUCCAAGCAGUAACUUGCCUUCUGCAGGUCAUGCAGAGGAGAGACGGCAUUGGAAAUACUAAGCACCAGUGCAUCUUGGAGUGCUUUGUAAUCAAUGGAUGAUCCAAAUGCUGAGAGACCAGUAAGACAUUGUGGGCACUAAACAUUAUCACAAAGAAAAGGUAUAGAAGGUGACGAUAAAACAAAAACAUGAUAGUAGCAUCUGAUUUGCUUACUGUGUAAUUGAAGAAAACUUCUUGUGCAUACAGUUCACAUAGUGGCUUCUAAGUAUUGCUCAAAUUGUUGUGCACCUGUCAGGACACGGAGUUCUCUUGUGAUUAACCAUGCGUCAUAAAUGACAAGAAGUACCUGUCACAAAAACCUGCCCUUCCUCAGAAGAAACUCGUGAGAAGGGAAAAAAAUCUUCAAGUAUGAAAAAUAUGCACGCUAAUCAUUAUAUAAUCACCUUGUUUGCUUCCCAGGAUGAUUUAAAUCCUUAUCAAAGUGAAAGGGGGGUAAGGAGCUGCAUGUUUUCAUAUUUCUUAGGAAGCCUUGCCAAAGACAGCUUUUGUCAGGCAUUGAGAAUUUUCUUGAUGAUUACAGCACAAAGCAGCUCAAUGUUCAUAUCAAUAACAUCUGCACAGCCAGCCUGAAGAAGCACCUUGUUCUGACAUCAACAGAGAAAGAAGCAUGGAAGAAAGCCGUUGCUUUUCCUUGUCUCACUCACUGUUCUUUCACCGGGCAUGUUCCGUAAAAGCAUCCUACUGUCAUCCCAUUAUUUUUCUAUUUCUAUCAGAAAUGAGAGAAGUGAAAAUGUUUCUAUCACUAUUGUCUUCAGAAACAUAGAGAAACAGUGUUAGCACAUCUUUUGAGAUUCUGGACUAUCAGUUUAAACUAUUUUGACCCCAGAAAAUUGUAUCCCAAUGUGUCAGUGAAUUGCUUUUUUCCUGUUAGGCCUCAGCCUCCACUAGUGCCAUAAUUUAACAAACAGGGGUUGUUGUUGACCUCCAGCUCUGUUUGCCAACCUGGAAGUGAUCACACAAUUUGAGUGUUCAAUAUGGUAUUUUGCACUUCUUUGAAAAGGAAUGGGAGAAAUAUAUACAUGGUGCUGGCAAGCAAAGAGCUACCUGGAAGACGUAUGCUCCUACUGCUUAAAUUGAAAUGAAUAAAGUUUCACAGAGAAUGAAGCUUCCCUCAUUAGACUUCUGCAGCCUGAGACUGAAGAGCGGACAGCUCAAGAGCUGCAGGACACAUGCUGCAUGGGCACUGCUCCUGAUGCACUUAACCACUCAUGGUCAGGUCAUAACAUCAGGCAGUUGCAUGUGAAAGAACAUUGUGAAGAAACUACUUGAAAUACUCCAUUGCCACGUCUAACAACAAUAAUGAUAUUAAGGAACACUGUUCUGAAUGUGCCAUCUGCCCAGCACUGUGCUUUGGUUGUUUGCCUCCUACUGCUGGAGAGCAGAGCAGCUUUGUAAUUCUUUGAAAUCUUUGUGUUCGGAACUGAAGGGUAAGGAGGAAUUCCAGCCAUCUGCAGGGUGUCCUGGUUAUGAUGUGCUCCCCCACUCCCCGUCAAGCAUAAACAGUUGAAGUUGAUGCAGAGAGUGGUGGUUUGGCUUUUGUGCAAUCUUUGUGAGUCACUGCUGCACUUUGUGAUAUUUGGAUUCCUGUGAUCUUGGUGUCUGGGUGGGAUUUUUUUCAUUCUGUGCUUCUGACCCGUGCUUUGGAUAGCUCUUCCUUCUAAUUGCUGCCUGGCGCUGCAAAUGUGCAUCUGGGGCUGAUGUUGAACAUUGCAUCACACUGUUGCCAAUGGUCUUGUUGUUGCUCCUUGCUAUUUUAUGCUUAUUUUGCUCUUGAGAUUUCUCUUGAUACUGCUCCAAAAGAGGGAAUCCAGCACAGAUGGAUUUUGUUGAAGAAAGGGAUGAUUAAUCUCUGUGCUUUUGCUUUUCCCAUUGUAUCACCUUGUGAGAUUCUCACUGUUUCCCCAAGUAUUCAGUUUUGUGAUCAUGUUUUUCAGGUAUCUUCUUCCUCUCGUUCCCUAAUUUUUCAUCAGUUUGAAAUUAUUUUCUCUAUCUUUGCUAGAGCUGGAAGAACCAACCAGAAUGUUACUAACACUGUAUUUUACGUUGGUUUGUGGCAGGCUAGGGACAGCUUUAACCCAUCAUUCCACUUUUUACUCCUUUAAAAGAAAAAAAAGGGAAGGAAGCUCCAAGUUCUAUGUUAAGGAGGUGGAAGUCCAGGAGUAAGAAUCUUUUCAGAAUUCCAGAAGGAAAAAGCCUGUAACUCUGUAUGAAACUGCAAGCUGUAGCUGUGUAGCACAAAAUUCACUUCCAUGAUUUCAGGAUCUAAACAUUGGUGCUUGGUGCCGUUUUUGACACUCUGUGGCAUUCCAGCUGCUCUCCCGCUGCUGUUGUGGAAGAGGGCAGGUCUUCUGUAGCUCAUCGUACCUGCCAUAGCCACUUGGACAUCCUGUUAGGCAACUGCAUUCCGCAAGGAACAAUCACCUGUGUUUCCCUAAAGGUGUUUGAAAUUUGGCCAUUGCAGCACUAGGAUCUGCUCAGCACAGCUCCUGCUCCACUUCAAGUCCAUUUCUAAACUGGGGUGGGGGCGCGUGUCUAAAAUACUCCGCUUCAUGAAGGUUUACAGAAAUUAUUAGUUCCAGCCCAUUUUGUUAAAUUGGAGCAGACCAUUUACCCUGGUACACAACGCCAGGUCCAGGUGUUGUAGGACUUUACCGCUGUGGUUACUAAGCUGUGGUCACGCUGAUUCUUCAAGAACGUUUUUUCCAUGCUGACAUCCCAACACCAUGGGCAGACCACGUGUGACAUCGUGCUUUGGGCCAGCAGCCUCUGCCCAGCUCCUGCCCAUGCGGGGCUUCCGUCAGUGUUCCUCGGCCAUUCAUGGUGUCUGUCCUGACCCUCCUCUUGUCCCCCCGAAGGGGCUACAUGAAAGCUGGGCAGGGACUGUUUACAAAGGCUUGUAGCGACAGGGCGAUUGGCAAUGGGUAUAAACUGGAGAGGGGCAGAUUUAGACUAGACAUGAGGAGGAAUUUCUUCACCAUGAGGGUGGUGAGGCCCUGGCACAGGUUGCCCAGGGAAGUUGUGGCUGCCCCAUCCCUGGAGGGGUUCCAGGCCAGGUUGGAUGGGGCUUGGAGCCCCCGAUCCAGAGGGAGGUGUCCCUGCCCAUGGCAGGAACUGGAUGGGCUUUAAUGUCGCUUUCAACCCAAACCAUUCUAUGUUUCUAUGACACCGCUGCCACCCAGACGGUGCCCCUGGCUGUCCCUGGGCAGCAGGAGCUGUCAUUGAUGUCCCAGUGAGAUCCACACACCUGG